CCAGAUGCCCAUUCAGUGCCAGCACACGGAGAGCAACACAACUCUAUGGAAUCUCUCCGCUACUCUACAACACAACUCAUAAAAUCAGACUCACUAGCACGAGAGAGAGACAGAGAGAGAGAGAGAGCACGUGCUGAAACCCCGUCAAACUCGAAUUAAGAGCCCUCUCUGGGAGCAAGGUGACCCUAUUCUUGGCGAGAAACGGGCAAGAAAAGAUCCAUUCCAAACCCAUCUCUCUUUGCUUGAUAGAAUAGCCCAAUGAUUAUUAAAAGCGUUCAAACAAGCAUUCAAGCAACAUGAUCUUAUCAUACCCGAUGCACAAAUCGUGAUGACGAGGCAGAUUGCAAAACUGCAUUUUUGAAGAGAAGGGGGCAGAGACUUUUUUAAAAGACGACAUUAGUUGCAACACAGAAACAGGAAGAAGAUGGAUUUGACAUUUGCAAGCAAAUUCGACUGCUCAAAUGAUAAAUAUUUCUUCACUCUGAAAAUAACCUGCACAAGAGAUGGCUGCACACUUUCAUGUAAAUUAUAUUUCAGUGAUGGCUCCACGCAAUUUUUGAGUUCCUGCUGCAGGAGUUUAUGCCGUAUAUAUGCUGUACAGCUGUGAAGGAACCUGAACUGCUGACUUCUUUCUUCGUGACAGUGAGUUGUAAUGGAUGCAGACUUGUCUAAAUGUCAUCAGAUUGUAUUUCCAUAAUGGAAUAUUUAUUUUGGGCUCUAGUGGAAUUUCUAGACCACAUUUAGAAGACUAGAGACUAUGAAGUAUCUGGCAUUUCUCAACGAAUGAUUGUGCGUGAUAUAACUUGUCCUCAAUUAAACUGUCAGCCUUAGACACAAUCAUGAUGCAGAAAGUUCUAGCUAAUAUAUAAAAGUCUGCAGAAGAUGGCUGUGACACCACCUCCUGAAAUCACCAUAGCCGAGCCCAUUUCCAUUCCAAUCCUGAAUGUUCUCCCGCCAUCGUCCGAUACGGAGUCGUUGUCCUGCUCCCCAAGCCCACGGCCACGCCGAUACCACUCUCGCAGCCAAAACCGAGAGAAGAGAAGAGCUAAAGUGCAUCAAGAGGACAUAUCAAAGAAUCAUUGGGAUAAAGGACAAGUGAAACGAGAUGCAAGCCAAAGCCCGUCUCGUGCAUCUCCAUCACCUCCGAUGGUUUCUAAUGUAGAAGAGGAAGAGCAGGGCAGCCCCUCCAUGUUUCUCCUACCCCCAUCCCGUUCACGGUCACGGAGCAACUCCCUAAGCAAGCGCUCUCGCUGGUCUGUCCGUAGUCUUCUCAGCAAGGACUCAGAUUGUGACAGCAGCAGUACAGCCAGUAACUCUCCACGCAGUACUCCCGGCAGCUCGCCCUCCCUGCGUCGUCGUGUACUGGGAGGAAGAGCCAGUGAAGGAGAGACGGGUGUGGACAGAAGCGGAGGGGGUUCAGAGAGCCCCCUGCCUCCCACUCCCACCUCAUCCACUUCCUCCUAUCCGCUCGCGGCCCGACACUUCACCCGCAAUGCCAAGAAAAUGCAGAGCUGGUAUAAUGUUCUGAGCCCUACGUACAAACAGAGGAAUGAAGACUUCCGUAAACUCUUUAAAAAGCUGCCUGAUACCGAGCGUCUCAUAGUGGACUACUCAUGUGCACUGCAGAGGGACAUUCUACUCCAGGGCCGUCUCUACCUGUCUGAGAACUGGCUCUGCUUCUAUAGUAAUAUCUUCCGAUGGGAAACUACGAUAACCAUACUGCUGAAAGAUGUGACCAGUCUGACCAAGGAGAAGACGGCCAAGCUCAUCCCUAACGCCAUCCAGAUAAGCACUGAACAUGAGAAGCACUUCUUCACAUCAUUUGGGGCAAGGGAUCGCAGCUUCAUGAUGAUCUUCAGACUGUGGCAGAAUGCACUGAUGGAUAAGACUCUGUCUCCUAAAGAGCUUUGGCACAUCGUUCACCAGUGUUACGGCACUGAGCUGGGGCUUACUAGUGAAGAUGAUGACUACGUCUCCCCUACUGCUGAACAUAUGAACGGCCUGCUGCCAGGUGAGGAGCCGGUUUCCGUCACUGACCUGCUGGAUCUGGGAUCAGUGCCGGUGGCUCCGGUGGACUCCUCUCCACCCUCAUCUGCCUCAGUUCUUCCCUGCGCUUCAGGAUCUACACCUCCAUCCUCCGCUUCCUUUUCCUGCCAGCCUGUGGAGGUGCCGUCAGUUCGGACCAGCAUCGAGCCUGAACCCAGUCCACCCAGCUCCCAGAGCUCACUGCUCCCCACCACAAACACUGGAACUGCCCCAUCGUCAACUAUCUUGGAGGAAGGCGGGGACAGCCAGUCGGAAUCGGCCAAUCAGUCGCUUCAGUCUCCUCCCAGUGUCCCACACAGCCUGGGAAACCUCUCCUCACUGGAUAUGACCAAUGAUGAGGAGCUCCCAACUGACCCCAGCAAUUCCUCUGACACUCAGGAAGAGAGUGAGGUGGAGUCCUUCUGUACGGACCUCAGGGGCCGGCUGCAUAUCAACACAGUUGUUCGCAUGAGCGUGGACAAGCUCCACGAUCUUCUGUUCUCAGACACUCACUUCAUACAGCACCUCUUCUCACAACGUCACUUCACUGAUCUUUCUGUGCACGAGUGGCAGCAGGACAGCAGCAGUGGGAACAGCAGUAGAGUUCUGAGUUACACCAUCGCCAUCAACAACCCGCUGGGCCCAAAAACUGCUCCUGUGGUGGAAACGCAGACUCUCCACAAGAGCAGCACCCGUGCGGAGUGUUACGUGGUGGACUCAGAGGUCAUAACCUCAGGCAUCCCUUACCAGGACUACUUCUACACUGUACACAGAUACUGCCUCACCUCUGUCAACAAGCACAAGAGCCGCCUCAGGGUCUCGUCUGAUAUCUGCUACAGGAAACAGCCGUGGAGUCUUGUGAAAGCUCUGAUAGAGAAGAACACUUGGAGCGGCAUUGAAGAGUAUUACAGACACAUGGAGAUGGAGUUGUGUAAGCUGGAGACGCUGCUACAGUCAGAGAUUUCUGUAGUGAGCACCGGGGAAGGGCCUUCUGCAGACUCUGCCAAGACGCCACCCGGCCUGCGCAGACGCAAACGCAACUGUCCCAGACGAGCAGGAGACCGGGAGAGAGAAAGAGAGGGAACGGGAGCGGGAGGAGCCGGGGAACGGGGCGACCGAGGAAUUGGAGUUGAGCGUGAAAGGAGAGAAGCUGGUGCUCAGUAUGUGAAAUUAGGGGAGAGGUGGCGUGGAGCUGGCAACAGCAACAAUAGCAUCUCCACCGUCCUGCUCAUCGUCAGCUUCAUUCUGGUGGUCCUGGUGGCUCUGAACAUGAUGCUCUUUUAUAAACUCUGGGCGCUCGAACGGGCCGCACACACGCUGGAGACCUGGCACUCGUACUCUUUAACAGACAGUCCUCUGCCGCAGACAGCAGGAGAGUGGGUGCAGAUCCUGCAGCUCCAGAGGCAGUUCCACCAGGCCCAGAUGAACAAAUGGCAGCAGAUCCUACAGUCCUCUGUCACACUUCUGGAUCAGAUGAAACAGUCUCUGGAGAAGCUCCACAGAGGGAUUGUCACACCAGAGGUGCAGCAGGAGUCUGAAUCAGAAGCAGAAACUCUGACGGAUCAUCAGUGAGAGCGUACGGUAACCCCUUCAUCCUACUGUUUACAGACACACGGGUCCCUGUGUGACAUAGCCGUCCACCAGGGCCCAAAUCAUGGACGGGAGAUGGUGCUCAACUCAGUGACAUUAGCAUUGGGAUCUUUUAUCUUACCCAAGUGUCCCAACAGCAGCUGCAGGACUUUAUACUAGCUGCAUAAAACACAUUCAACUCUUUUAUCAAUCAGAACAUCAUGAACUCUGGGUCUGAAGCAAUAACACACACAUACGGGAGCGUCGGUGACUUCAGCUGUGCUGCAUCUCGAGCCGUUCGGUCCUACUGCGUGAAAAAGCUGAACACGAGCUUUUAUAAAACUGAAUUUCAUCAUGGACAUUUCAUUAAAGAGCUGUUAAAGAUUUCUAAGAGGGAAGUGUCUGAAAUCAGCCUCUCAGCUGGUCAUUUCACAUGUUAUUUUAAUGUGCUCAUGGAAGAGACAUUUCAGUUUUCUCUUGUUAUGUUCCUGUUUUGCUGAUUUCAGAACUGUACUUAUUUAACAGUAUUUAUUUCAUAGACUUGAAUUACGGUCUAACAUCAUUGUGUGUUUCUGCUUAAACGGGGACCAGUGUGGAAAUGGGUGGAACAAGUGGUAUUAACAUGAAUUCCCUUUUUAGCAAUAAUCAUGUGGAAAAAUUGUAAUGACAAUUAAAAGUCAGUCUACAAGAAAGAAUGCAAAAAAAAAAAAACAUCAACUGUUACUUUGGGUUGAGUUUCAGAGUGAAGAUUGUUUUUACACACUGUUACAAUUUUAACCGUUUCUUCUUUCUCCAGAAUAUUUAAGUUUUGUUUUUGUUUGUGUAUUUAUGGCUUGAGGUGAAAUGAGCUCUUUUGUGUAGUUGAGGUGUCGAGAAACUUGUCGAGUGUCACUGGAAUCAAACGUGAACUGUUCAGGGUUACUGUUAGCUUGAGCAGCUGAGCGUGCACACAGAUGCAAGAACUUCUCAGACUGGACGUUUGGGACCAACCAGAACUCAAGAUCAGGAGGACUGUUGUGAGUUCACUCAACACUGGGCCAGUUCCAUACAGAACAUGUCUGUGUGUUUCACCUCAAAAUCAAAAGAGAUUCAAAUGUUUUUUCUUCUUUUUUCAUUGUGCCAGUUUCAUGGCAGUUAAGAACCCUUCACAAUUUGUAUUUUUUAUUAAUUUUUGCUCUGAUUUUUGCUAAUGUAAUAUUGAAAAUCAUCCUGUGCAGACAAUUAUUAUUUUACAUUAAAAUUAGCAUCAUUUAGAAAUAAUAAAACAAAUGCUGUCAGGUGGUAUAAAUAAAAUAUAUUAUUUUAUUAUCCUCA